AUGCCUAAGCUGAUCUUCCGUCUUGCUCCCAGAAUGGCAGAGCAUUGCAAGAUCUCUGUUGCCAUGGUAGCUGAAUCUGAGGAAAGGCCAUAUGCGCGAUCAUACGUGUUCAAGGUGGAUGGAUACUCAAGAGCCAAGGCGCUACUCAAGAACGGCGAGUACCUAACCUCUGAACCUUUCAGUGUUGGAGGCCACGACUGGGUCAUGACCUAUUACCCAAACGGCAGCAAGAUUUGUCCGGACGACAUAUCACUUUUUCUACAUCUUCACCCCGCCGGUGCCGAAGAUGUGAAGGCGAAAUUCACGUUCAGUCUACUUGACGAGAACGGAGAACCGGUGCCUUCAUACACCCGUGCCCACGACGAUAUACAUACAUUCUCAAGGAAAGCUCCAAAUUGGGGCUACCAUAACCUAAUGAAGAAGGCUAAGCUGGAAAGAUCGGGGCAUCUGACAAACGACUGUCUCACCAUCGGAUGCCAUGUCACCGUCGUGCAGGAGAUCCUCGGCGAAGAAGAAACAAGGGCUUCUCCAGCAAGCGACUUGCACCGGCAUCUUGGUGAUCUCCUCGAGAGCAAAGAUGCAGCAGACCUGACAUUUCAAGUAGGCGGAGAGAUAUUCCAUGCUCAUAGGUGUAUCCUAGCCACUCGGUCAUCUGUCUUCAAGGCGGAGCUCCUCGGCGGCAUGGAGGAGAGUUCUGGUAGUCUCAUUGAAAUUCGUGACAUGGAACCUGAUGUGUUCGAGGCCUUGCUCCAUUUCAUAUACACCGAAAAAGUUUCUCCCGUGAUUGAUGUGGUGAUGGCCAGCCAUCUACUCGUAGCAGCGGAUAGGUACAACAUUGGUAGCCUGAAGCAGAUAUGCGAGGAUAAAUUGUGUUGUCAUAUUGAUUCAAACAUGGUGGCAACUAGUUUAGCUAUAGCUGAGCAACAUGGUUUCCAUGGUCUCAAAGAAGCUUGCUUACGGUUCCUUGCUUCUCCAUCCAAUUUGGAGGCGAUGAUGGCAAGCAACGGUUAUGAGCAUCUCAAGUCCAGUUGUCCGUCUGUUCUCAAGGAGCUCAUAGCUAGAAUACUCCCGGCUAAAUGGAACGUGGCAAAGGAUAUUAUCAUGGAACUUUAG